UCGGUCACUCAUCACAGCCUCAAGCCUCACAACAAGAAGCGGACGCUAGCUAGGAGCUAGGAGCAGAGGAGGAGGAGGAGGACGAGGGAGAAGAAGCUUCACACGCAGCGCGGGCGUCAUGAGGGGGAGGAGGAGGGGGAGCAGCGGCACGGCCACCGACUUCCUCGUCUGCUUCCCGCCGCGGGCGCACCUGGCGCUCAUGCCGCCCAAGACGGCCUGCAGCCCGUCGCGGCCGUCCGCCAGCUCCGAGCGCCGGCACAGCACCAGCGGCGCCCGGCCGUCGUCGUCCGGCUCGCACCUCAGGGUGGCCGCCAACAGGAACCCGAGCCGGCGCCACCACGCCGUGGACGUCGGCGAGGACAACGAGCCGUCGUCGCCCAAGGUGACGUGCGCGGGGCAGAUCAAGGUCUCCCGGUCGGCCAAGCCCAAGGCCGCCGGUGCUGGCGGGAAGAAGAAGGCCACGUGGAUGCAGGCGCUCGGGAUCAAGAAGGACGCCCUGCCCUUCCUCAGCGCCCUGCACGGCGCCUUCCGGCUCAACGUCUCCGGCUGCUUCGGCAGGUUCCCCGGCGCCGUCGUCGAGUACACCUCCGGGGAGGAGGACGAGGAGGAGGAGGAGGAGGAGCAGGCGGGGCGCGCGGGGAAGGAGACGGAUCGGCGCCACGGCGACGCAUUGGCCAAGUGGUUCAUGGUGCUCGAGGAAGGGAAGAGGGCUCCCCGCAAGAACCAGGAGCACGAGCUACCGCACGAGGAGCAGGAGAAAGAAGACGCGGCGCCGCCGGCGAACGCGCUGAUGCUGAUGCGGUGCCGGUCGGCGCCGGCGAAGGGGCUGGCGAGGAGGCUAGGAGUAGCCGACGCAGGGGAGGACGAGGAGGAGGCCGAGAGCGAGAGCAACAAGGCAAGGGAGGAAGAGCCGGAGAAGGAGAACCUGGUGGUGAUGAGGUACCCGCCCGACUUCUUCCAGGUGUCCAUGGACAUCGCCAAGGAGACAUGGAUCGUCGGCGGCGACGACUCGGUCCUACGCUGCCGGAGCUGGAAGAAAUGAGCGACGAUCCAUCCGUCCAUCCAUCCUCUCCUUCUGCGAACAAUGUGUGUGUGUGUUUUCAACAUUUUGCGACCCGAUCCUCUGCCGCCGAUUCUCAUUCUGAGAGCAGAGUUACCACCACAAUUUGCGCAUGGAUCGCGUAAAGGAUUCGAUCAGCAUGUGGCGGAUUGGUUCAGAGAAGGCCGGCGUGUAGGUCUCUCAGCAAAACAAAUUCUGCUCUGUAGAUAUUGCUGUACCAUUAGGGAUCCCUUGCCAUAUUUUUACCUUAUGAUAUAUACUAUGUACAUGGUGAAUAGUAGUACCUGUAGUAUGUGAGGAGUAAUAUGAGUGAAGUGUAUUAUAGCUCCCA